GGGCCGGACGGUUUUAGAUGUGGGACGGGAGCGAUGGAAAGAUGUCGGCGGCGUUGCUCCAGAUGUCAUGUCGGUACCGGGGCAUGUUCGCGGUCAGGGCCGCCGGCAUCAGGACGUUGAUACCCGGACUGGUCCCGGAGCAGUUCCGAGCCUUCUCGGUCCGGAAGGAUCCGGAUCUGGAGGAGAACCCGUUCUACGGGAAGUACCAGGACAAGAUCCAGAAGCUGCGCAGCUCCAAACCGCAGGAGUACAAGGAGCGCCUGGAGAAGCGGCAUGAGGCCAGGAAGGAGGUGCUGGGCAACUCGAAGCAGGAGGAGUUCGUGCGGCUCAUGGAGCAGCAGUUGGAGAACAGAGACCAGACGUCUGCAGCUGCUGGAGCUUCUGCAGGUUUCACCAAGAACAAGACUCUCGGUUCCAUCCUGAACCUGGACCUGAUCCAGGACAAGACGGGCGAGGAGAUCUCAGAGUCAGACACCUACGAUGUGAUGUCCAGCAGGUCCAAGUCCUGCCCCAUGUUCCUUUACGCUCUGCCUCAGAAGGAGGGCUACGAGUUCUUCGUGGGUCAGUGGUCCGGAUCCGAGCUCCACUUCACCUCCCUGAUAAACGUCCAGACGCUGGGGGAGAACGCUCCGAGUCAGCUGGUCCUCUACCACUACCCGGACCUGAAGGAGCAGAAGGGCGUGGUCCUCCUGACGGCCGAGAGGGACCCCAGGUUCAUGACCGUCCAGCAGGCUCAGUGUCUGGCCAAUCAGGUGCAGCUGUUCUACGGCACGCGGCGCAGUGAGACCUACGGUCUGCUGGAGACCUUCAACCACCGCCCUGCUGACUUCAGACACAUGAUGGUGAUCGCUGAGCUGGAGCAGAGCGGGCUGGGGUCUGCCUCUGGAACCUGAGUGGACCUGGACCCACCCAGAACUGAUGGAACCACUGAGCCUGAAUGUGAA